CAGGAGCGACUAAAGAGUUUCAGAGAUAUGGAUAGAGUAUUGUCAGUAAAAUUAACCCGCUCUAACCCACGUGACACCGACAGCCAGGUUACUCUAGCCGACUCAGCUGACGUUGAAAACGGUAUUUCAAUGAGGUCGAAAUAGAGUGUUUAAUACCUCGCAGUAUAAAAACAGCUGACGACCACGUGGACAAAGGAUGGGCGUGGCUGAUAGUACUGGGGUGCUCUAUUGGUCACAUGCUGGCUAUAAUGAUGAUGUCAAGUUUCGGUUUAUUUUUUGUGCCACUGAUUGCGGAGUUUGAUACAAAUCUCGAUGAGAUAGCUAUGGCGGGAAACAUUAUGUACGGUGCGACCUACAUAACAGUGACUCUGGCAAGUCCUGUGUGUGAUAUGUUGGGUUGCCGUAUCAUCAUGUAUAUUGGAGCCGUACUGCUAGCUGGGGCUUUCUUUAUCGGCUAUCUCCUCCUGAACAUCUAUACCUUUUUUGCUAUUGGGGCUAUAGCAGGUCUAGGAGGAGGCCUUUCUAUAGCUUCCAGUCUUAUGGCAUUCAGAGGGUACUUCGAAAAGAAACGCCAUAUUGCCCUGGCGUUAAUUUUUGUUGCUAACGGAACCGGAAGUGUAAUAGGACCACCAAUCACAACUUUCCUUUUGAAUGAAUUCGGACUCCGAGGAACAUGUAUGAUGUUAUCAGGCAUUUACCUUCACGGUGCCAUUGGCGGGGCGCUGCUUAGGCCGUUACCACCCAACCCUUUCCAAAAGGCUCCUCAACAAAAAGAGCGUACCGUCAGGCUGCUGUGUGCGGUAGUCCGAGCCUAUGGGGUAUACAUAGACAAAGCGUUGUUAAGAAGUUUCCUAUUCUACCUGUGUAUUAUAUCCUCAUACCUCUAUGUCAUUGGAUUUGUGGUAACGUAUUCUCGUCUACCCGACUAUAUGACAACGAACACAUAUUCCCUGGAAGAAGCGUCUACAGCCCUCCUCCUAGCCGGGGCGGCAAACACUUUGGGGAAAAUGGUUGGAAUGUUACUUGUUGACAAAAGGCCUAGUUUCACCCGCUACUUCUAUAUCUGUGCCUGCGUCCUCAGUGGGGGAUCGCUCACAUCUAUUCCUUUAUGCAUGAAUGUCUUCCACUUUUACGCAGCAUCUGCAGGGUUCGGCUUUUUCUUUGGCAAUAUUCACUACCUUGGAAGCAUGCUGUUUAUUGAGUUUUUCGGACCAAGUAAAUUGUCCGGAUGUUUUGGAAUGCUCUAUUUGUCCUACACUGUUGCAUCUUUUACGGGAAAUCCUCUGGCAGGAAUGGUCGCUGAUAGGACGUCAUUUGAUGGCGCUGAAUUCUUCUUCAUCGGAUCCUGUAUCAUAGCUGCCGGGUUCGUGUUGAUUCCAAGUGUUUUUGUCACAACCAACAGAUCAAUCCUUCAUACGAAAACGGAAACACCGACUUUGGAAUCUCCAUUCGGUCCUUCAGAAAUCUCUGACAUAGAUCCUAUGCCAUAUUCAAGAAUAGGCCCAUUGGAAAUAACGGAAAGCAUAUCGUAUAAAGCUGUGCUGUACGGUGCUAUAUCCCUACCAGCAUAAAUACGUCUCUAAACGAAUUAUAUCAACGACGUAUUCAUUUAUGUCUACGUAUUAGAACAUUGUUUUAAUUUAAAUGCGUGAUAAUUUAGCUCUCUUACAAGCAAGAGCUCUGUGCUGUUUUUAUUUUAAAUUUUAUAGUCAUAUUUAUGAAGUGCUUUUUAAUUUUAUAGUCAUAUUUAUGAAAUUCUUUUUAAUUUUAUCGUCAUAUUUAUGAAGUGCUUUUUAAUUUUAGUGAAAACCUCAAACAUAUGAACAUCACUUAAUAAAGUAAGCUUAGUCAUACGCGCACACACCGCUCAAAUAAGUGCAUUUAUAGUAAAAAGAAAGCUUGAUGAAAGUAAAUGUGGUAGGUUGUAUAGAGUUAAAUGUCCUACCAACAGCUAAGGUCAUUUGAGGAGUGUCGCCAAGUGUGUUGCAUAGGCUUGCAUGUGCGUCAGUGUGCCAGAGGCAGGAUAGGUUGUUGUAAAUGCCUCCUUGUGAUAGCAUUGAACUGAUGCGACGUUAGACAUUAAAUGUGAUCUGGUAAUACGUACCUCUUACUAUGAUAUAAAGUCCAACAAACGAAUUCAGGGACACAUUAAUUUUGCUGCGUUUCUUCUUCUUCUUCUUUUUCUUCUUCUUCUUCUUCUUUUUCUUCUUCUUCUUCUUCUUCUUCUUCUUCU